AUGCUUUCCGGUACCAAGCUUGACGGUGUUGCCCUGGUAGUAGGCGCAGGUGCAGGCAUUGGCCGCGAAUCGGCAUUCUCGCUAGCAGAGGCCGGUGCCCGAGUUGUGGUAUUUGCGGACAUGAAUGAAGAAACGGCCAAAUCUUCCUCGAUCGAAAGCAGGAAAUUCGCUACUAGCUCGGAAUAUCAAACUGCUACAUUCACCAUGAAUGUCAAAGACGCAAAAGGGGUUCAAGACAUGGUGGACUUUGUCGUUCGAGAAUUUGGCAGAUUGGACUAUUGCGUCAAUGCUGCAGGAGUCGACAAUGGUGUUCACCGUCCCCUUUCAGAGACUGAAAUCGACAGCUUCGACAAUAUCAUGAACACCAAUGCCCGUGGUAUGUUGCUGUGUACUCGUGCACAGGCGGCUGCUAUGCAGAAACAAGAUCCUCGAUCCUUCACCAGUCGGAGUGGAACUCGUGAUAUUGGGCGUGGGGCCAUAGUCAAUGUUUGUUCUGCAAACAGUUUUGCAGGAUUGCCUGGCAAGGGAUCUUAUACCAUUUCAAAGCAUGCUUGCAUGGCGGUAACGAAGAUGGCAGGCAUUGAUCAUACGGCAGAGGGUAUUCGAUGCAAUGCAGUCUGUCCGACCUGGGUCCGAACACCAUUGUUGGACGUAGAGCUGGAGAGGAACCCCGAGGUUCGCGCCACGAUCUCUGCUGUUUCGCCCCUUAAGCGGGCUGCAGAGGGUGAAGAGGUUGCCGAUACUAUCGCUUAUCUACUGAGUCCAUCUGCUAGCUAUAUCAGUGGCUCGAGUGUCAUGAUAGACGCGGCGAUAACCACGACGUUGCGUUUGUUCUAA